GCUCCCUCAGAAUUCUUUUCGCAAAACCAGAGCUCCAAAAUCUUUCGUCUUCUCCCCAAAAAUCUCUCCAUCCCUCCCGAUUUUCACGACCGAAGUUCAUUAUGGCAGGAACACAUCAAAUUCAGAUUGACGACGCCAUCUACCCAAAAGGCAAUUGGAUCAAGGUGCUGGAUAACAACUUCCAGCUAGACCUCACCGUCUUCAAAUGCCACAACCCGGUCAUUCCGGCCAUCAUGAAAGGUCACUAUCUCUGGGCCGCACUCCACAACGCCAAACCAGUGCCAGAGAUAUACCUACAAUAAUUCUGGGGCCAUAUGCAUACAGAAUCAGUAAAGGAUCGCUCCAAGAUCAAGACUAAGCUGAAUGGUAUGCGCGUAAUCCUGACGCCGUCUUCACUGCGAUCCACUCUAGCGCUGCCAGUCCACGACACAUAUGAUGCGCUGCCAUCCAUUCCUGAUCUUCUCAAGGACGUGGCAGCUCUCGGCUACACUUCACUUCUUCCCCAGCUGUCAAACUUCAAUGGAGCCUAUCUCCAUCACCCGUGGAAGAGCCUGUUCGGGUUGGUGAACAAAUGCAUGUCACCGAAGCAUGCCGGGUUUGACAAGUGCAACAAGCAGAUUCUACUCAUCUUCCACGGCAUUGCAUACAACAAGAACUACGACAUGGCUCAGCUCUUCUUCUCAGAGCUCAUGGACCUGGUGAAAGCGAAGGAGAAAAAUAGGACAGGCACCAUCCCAUACGCAAGGUGGCUGGGGCUGAUUAUCCAUGACUGCAUGGCAGAGCACACCUCCAUUCCUAGACGCAGUGCUGAUCCACACUUCACAGCCCCAAAGCUACAAUAUUUCAAAGCGGAUAAAAACCCUGUCACCGGUCUGCGGAUUCCUGGGUUCCUGCUCCAACUCGCCAAUCCAUCCAAUCCAGCAGUCCAACAGUACCGCGAGAGCAUUGAGAGAACUGUCCCUAUGGUUCAGCAAAACCUAGCUGGACCUACCCCGGGGACAAAGCCGAGUGCAAGUAAGGGUCCUAAGAAAGCCCAGAAGCCACAGACACCAGUGGCCGGUUUGCCCCAUGAAGGAAAGUCUGACGACUCUCUCGAGACGAGUCGGACGGCUGAGGGCACCGAAACAGAUGCUGUGGAAUCUGCUGAUAAAUCGUCAAGUGAUGCCCAAACUAACACUGACGAUGAGGCAUCCGAGAGCGUGGGUACUGAUGGCGAGGAGUCCAAUUCUGAUGGUGAUGAUGAUGACAGCGACGACGUUGAGCACACCUAUGCUCUAAUCAGAAAGGGAAAGCUGCCCGCCGAAUCUCCAAAGAAGAUAACCGCUGAAGACGCAACACCCAUAAUCGCAGGCAGACCCAAGAUCUUCACCAUCAAGGAAUUGCAAAAUUCCAAAAGCGUACACAGAGAAACCAACAGCUCGAAGGCUGAUUAUGAUGAAGCAGCUCAUGCCAUCAAGAACUCUAAGGAUGCCAUCAUUCGGGAGAAACGGGCUAAGAUCAAGAAUGACAAAUCUUCUAAGGCAAAGCUUCAGCCUUGCAUCAGAAAGAGCCUCAUAGAUAAGGCUGACGACCACAUAUUCGUUGGCUAUGAUCCGUUUAUCCAGAUAAGCCGAGCCGAAUCCCUAAGUACAGGAGCUGAUCUUUUCGGUUCCCGAGUAGAAGCCGCAGCAUCUGGCUCAACUGCGCAUGCACAGCCCUCAUCCAGCCACUCGUUAGCCUCCCAACAGGCUAUCAUUUCAAAAGCACGGGACUCACCCCCCUCGCUGGUUCCUUCCGAAUCAGUUGAGCGUACUAUUGACCAAUCGUCUGAGGUCAAAACCCCUCCUUCAAACACAUUGAGUCUAGGUGUCACAUUUCCCACAUUUUCUUCAUUUUCUAGGACACCUACACUAUUCACAUCACAUACAGGUGCACCCACCCUGAACGCAACGACCAGAGCGCAAGCUAUGACGGUCGGAAGUCCUGCUAUGCGUCUAAUGAUUCCAUCAUUGCACGCAGGCCACACAUCAGCUAUCUUCACUGAUGCUGUGACAACAGUUACAACCCCCGUAACUCGACACCCCACCUUUGAAGAUGUCAAUGUUCUGCUAAAUCGCUUCCUGGAUUCCACCAUCAAACCAUGGGUGCAAGAAGCAAUGACCGCUCUUGCACAGGAAUUUAGGACCACCCAAGCGAUUCAGCCUGAACACCCCACACCCCAACCUACACCCGAACCCUUCAUCUCCCAUACCCAACCAAUAUCUUCCACCACCCUCUCUCACCACUCCAUCAACCAAAUACCCAUUCCUUCACCUUCUCAGGGAACCCAUAAUACAGAACCAGUAUUAUCCCCAUGCCCGACCACACCUUCCAUCGAUCUCUCCACACUACCAUUCGAAACCUUGGCAUCGGCUUUGCUGGACCAUCUCCUCAACAUCCCAGAAGCCAACCUCACCCUCCAUCAGCAAGCCAUCCUCGAUGCUCUCCUCUCUUCCCCUGAAACCAAGAGCAAGUGCCAUAACAGUCCUCGUGGUCGCAAAUGUUCCCAUGAGGACCCCGACGAUUCAGAUGCUCAUGAGGGGGAGAACAAGCGUUCACGAACACUCGAGCAAACUGCUUCAGCCAGCCACACUCUACUGCCCGUUCAACCAGAAACCUCUACCAACCAACAGCCACCCGUUACCAAACUUUCUAGCCUGGUCAAGCUAGAUGAAACAUCGCGAGGCUUAUCUCCUAAAGAUACCAACCGAGGAGGGGAUGGAAGUCCUGAUGAUGCUACUACUGGUACAUCUUAUAAGUCAGGCCAUCAGUUAGAACAUCAUUCGAAGCUGAUGACAACGAGAAAUCCUAGUGACCCCGGUGUCCCAGUUAACAGAUCUCCGUCACUACAAGAUCAACCAGCCACUACCAUUAUGUCAUCAGAUGAAAUGCACGAUCAACUUGAGGAUAUCAUCAUCCACGACAAAUGGCCUAGACAGUGGACGGAGAUGGAUCAAAUCAUGCAGGAUGAAGAAUGCGAAAAUAUGCAAAGAAACUGGUUCUUACGAGAACUCAUAAACAAAUGUGCAGAAGAUAUAAUCAGGCUCGAGGAUGAUGAACGAAAGGAAGGGGAGAACUACAAGGAAACUCAGAAAGAACUUGAAUCUGUUGUCAGACAAUCGGCGGGACGACUUCCCAAGACAGAGAAACCUUGGGACAAUGUACGCAUCAAAGCCCCCUUCCAAAGGGAAAUCAGAGAGCGUAUAUGGCGUAGACCAGAGAAAGUCAGACCUCUGAACGAACUAAAGCUGCGUGGACUCACCCAUCUCAAAGGAAAGUAGGCAGGAGGUCAUCUUCAUAUGCUGAUGCAACGGUCAACCGGGAAUCAACGAGAGCUGAUGGAACAGGAUCUUAAAUCCAACAUUCUCCCAAUUCAUCAAAUCCUACAGGUUAAGGCUGAGGAUUAUCAUGGAGUGAGAUUCUACUCUUACAAGCUUCAACGCACCGAUGGGAGUGAAUUUACAUGUCAGGAAAACGAUUUCAUCAUGCUCAAACCAGACGACAUCUAUCAAAUGCUCAUGGCAUACAGAUACCUCCCAGUCAGACAAAGCAGAACAUACAACGAAGGCCUCGCAGCAAUCAAGAGGUUCAUGCUCAGACAAGUCAGAGUUCACUCAUCUCACGACCUACAGAUGGCUAUCGAGUGCAACUUGACAAAAACAAAUCUAACAAAGCCAAGACUGUAUGGUCCAGAGCUCGAGGACUUCCCUGCAUACCACAUCUUCUUCACACCGCCAGCAGUCACAUAUCUCAACCACAAGAAUGAAAAACGCCUGAUGAUGGUUAGUGAAGUUGAGAAAUACUGUGAUGGAACGCUGAAGAUAAUCAAAGAACAGCUGCUGAAGAUGAAGGAACAACUAGAGCAAAAUCUUGAGGAGGCAUCGUCAUACAUUCAAAAGGAACACUCAACACUGGAAAUCAUUCUAAAAGCCAUCGACGAUCGCCUGGACAAGAGAAACAUGCUGAGGAAAUAUGAGCACGCGGUGAAUAUGAGGAAGCACUACUUCAAAGCCCAGAAGCAAUAACAAGGUGGCACUUGAUCACAAAGGGGGAGAUUGUUGAAGAUCAUUUAAUUGUGAAUCAAGUUUGUCACCUAUCUUGUAAUAGAUUAGCUUUAUUAUUAUUCCUUGUAUUCAAUAUGUGUAUUUAUUAGGUUAAAGAAUAUGGGACCAAGUGUCAGGCCCAUAUCAGGCUGAAAGCCUUUUACGCCAACCCUAUACCUACGCAUAUAAAAAGGCGUCUCACGUUUAGGGUCGCGUUAACUUUCGUACUCGUUCCAAAUAGCCUUAGCGGAAAUACUUCUCUGUACGAGUUCACGGUAUAUCAAGGAAGGUUUACAU